AUGUCUGCCCGAUUGACGCCCGGAGGAGCGCUUCUGCGCUCCUCGCGGAUGUUCACCAUUCCGAAUCCGCUUCCGCAACCCGGCGGCGAGGCUGGUGCCGUCGCUCGCCGCCUCUCCCCCAGCGCGACGACCGAUUAUCCCACACAUCAAGCCAUCACUACCCCCGAGUCCUCGAGGAAACUCGGCGACUGGGGUUUCAAGCGCUCCCUUCCCAUCCAGAAGACGAUCAAGACCUCUACGCCAAUUGUGCGAGUCAAACAGAUCGAUACCAUCGAGGGAGUUACCGACUACAAUUCCGCCGCCGACCACGCCAUCACUCUCCAAAAGUUCCAGGAGAUGAACCUCCCCGUCUCACUACCCACCUCGAACAGGGUUCGCCUUGGAACCCUGAAUGCCGCCCCCAAAUCCGUCUUCGAGGACGAGCAUGACUUCACAACACUGGAGGAUGGUGCCGCCGAGGACAACAGAUGGAAAUUCCAGGGUCCUUGGCUCGCUGGUCUGACCGAGGGCGAAUUCGACCGAUACCUGCGCAAGAGCGUCCGUAGCAAGCGCGAGGAGUUCCGAAACUAUCUCAGGGAGGUUCUCGCUGAAGACAUCAACAAAGACAGACGUCAAGCUGCUCUUGACAGAGGCAGCGAGGCCCCGGAGCCGGUCACAGCCAAGGACAUCACCGAGGACCAGGUCCUUCAAUACCAGCGCAAGAUACGCGCCGACCGCGUACUUCUCUUCACCCACAUCAGCAAAUUUCUGGAUCUUGCUCCUCUCCAACCACCCCCCACAGCGAAAAACUUCGUCGACGUGACCCAGAACACCCGGCCUAGCACAUGGGCAGAAGUUGGCCCGCCAAUGUCCCACCCUUCCGCCGGUAUCUCCUACCUGCGUACUUCGGCCUUUGCCGAGAACCACCCCGUCUACGGACCGCAGGCGGAACACACGCCCGUGUUGGCGCGUAUUAUCGCGCCGCGACAGGGCACCCAACACGCCAAGCUUGGUGUGGCCGGUUUCGUCACCGACGUGCCCCUGGGCGACAACGCCUUUAACGAGAGGUCGUUCAGAGGCAACCACAAGAACCGCAUUGCCGGCAUCACCUCUUUCGAUCCCGAUGUGAAGGGUGGUGCAAAGGCCUACGUCAAGCCAGUGUCGGCAUGGAUGAGCUCUGUUGGCCGCAUUCUGAUUGGCCUUGAUGCUGCCGAAGGGGAGUCGCAAUCAGUCCUCAAGGAGAUGACCGGCAAGGAGCAAAUCUACAAUGACAAGGACGUCUCCAAGAUUCCGGUAGCUGAGCCGAGGGCGCCGUUCGCGGGGCUCAGGGGAGCCGCUGCCGCCGCCCCUACGCCGUACUUCCGCACACCUCAGCAGCCGUACAAGCCUGAGCAGACUGGAAGCAAGGAGACCUAUGGCAUUGACUUGUCUUGA